AAUAAAUGGAUUUAAGCCAUGUGGCUAUUUAAUAGAAUCAGUAGAUAGUUCAACAAACAAUUUUAUUAGAAAUUUGAUAUCACAACAUGCAAUUACAGAAGAAUUGCACAAACAAAAAUCUCAGCAAAAUACAAAACAACAAAAUAUUAAUCAA